UGAAUUCUUCAUAGUGUACUUAGUCAAAGAUAAUAAAUCUUUUUGAUAGAUUUAUCGUUACUUAUCGGCGGAUGGAUAUAAACGAGCAAGUACGGCCCCUUGAUUACAUGUUACAAAUAACCGUGCAUACAAAUAACCGUAUUAUUGGUUGGGGAUGCGCCGUCGUGAAUAUCACGAUUUAAUUUAUGCGGUGUAAUACAAGUGAUACAGAUGUGUCGCGUAAAUAUGUAACGUCGAAUGUAUGCCUGUAAUAUUAUCUUCCAUCUCUGCGCGAGCUCCCCAACUGCUCUUAUCAGAUAUAUCGCGUAAUCUCUCAUUUACCCAGAAUUGUUAUCGGCCUAAGUUUUUUCACUCGCACCAUGCGAGACCACGCAGUAUCGCGAGUGCGUUCACGUCGAAACGAAACUCACAUGAGUAUGGAACGAAAUAUGAGUAAUCACGUUCACACAAUAGUGAGCCGUAGCGUGCCUUGCUACUUCUGCAAUGAAUUUCUGGAAGAGAAGUACUUGUCGGAACAUAUGACGCACUGCGCGUCCAUUUUGGAGGAAUGCUCGAACAAGUGCGGCGUUUAUGUGCCUCGUAAAUACCUGGAAGGUCAUCAGAAAUCAUGCGUCAAAAGAAUGUCGAAAAAAAUCAACCAAACGAGAGACGCCGAAGACUCGGUGUGGAAAGAGAAAGUAUUCUCGAUAUUAACGCUACUGCGUCUGGCCAUCGAUCAUGGAGAAAAGGAGCGGGUUUACCUGCACGAAGCGUUCUCGAGAAAUUUGAACUUGCUGCAUUCUCAGCAGGAAUCUCUCGCUGCGUUGCAGUCGAGCAUCGUAGAGGCAGUCGAGGAGGCUCGUGUCAACAACUCUUUACUGUGUCGGAGAUUGGAUGAUUUGGAGAUUAUCACUGACAACGCACAGCAUCGCACCAGCGUGAGUUUCCGACAAAUCUCCGAGCAGCUGAAACUGUUCGGGGGAGAAUUGACUGGCGAACGAGGUAAGCACGAGCGUGUGCUGGACGAUUGGUUCAAAGAAUUGAGAGAUCUCAAAACGUUCGUUGCCAAAGAGGGUGUGCGCGUGAGCGACAUGUGGCAAGAGCAGACACAGCGUAUCAAUGAUCUAAAGCUCGAAUUGGAGAUGAGAUGCAAGGACUCGAAAGAAUUGACGUCCAAGCACGACACCUUGUCGAAAGACAUGGAUAAUCUGCUCGAAGUAGUUCGCAAGCUUUCCGAGGACAUGGCCAGACAGAAGUCCGAUCUGAAAGGCCUGAAGUUUCAAAUAAAGGAGAAUCUUAAGUACCUCGAGGAGUUGAUCGCGGAUAAUUCCAGAGCAGAAUCUCCGGCGAGUUCGUGUGUCUGCGCGGCGGAAAAGGACGAAUGCGGCUCGACAAAUGGUCAUAUUAUAUGGCGAAUCGAUGGUUACAGGGAGAUGAUGAACGAGGCCAAGGAGAACGAUCGUGCACUCUACAGUCCAAUAUUUUUUAAUAAGAAAUACGGCUACACUCUACGAAUUGAGUUAUUUCUGAACGGCAAAGGUCAAUGGAAAGAUCGUCACAUCAUCGGUUGUCUACGCGUGGAAAGUGGCAAAUGGGAUCCUCUGCUUGAUUGGCCUUGUGUACUCAAAGCCUCCGUAGUCCUUCGCGAUCAAGACAAUCCUGCGAACGACGUGAAAAAAAUCGUAAAAACCAUUGGCCGACAUAAGGAUGAUUCAGAUGAUCCUGAUAAGAAAUCCGACUUCUAUAUGUUCAUCCCUCAUACGACGCUGAGCAGAUAUCCCGGUUAUACGAAGAAUAACGCCAUGUUUUUCGAUAUACAAGUGCGGGAUGUAAAAGCGAGUGCUUCGAUGACGUCAUUAGUAGCUCAGUGAUUGUACUAUCUUUAACGAUUAAUUUGCCAAUGAUUAAUCUAAUGUUAAUGAUGAAAAGCAAUGAAUAAUAAAUGAUAAUAUAUAA